CCCGGAUUGGACCAUAAACAAGAAGCAUGAGAGCGUCUGAGGAGAACAUCUGGUUCAUCUGCACCGGGAGAGAGACAAAAAACCAAAUCGAAAGGCGAAGAUUUCCCGUUUAAAUGAGACGCUGCAGACUCCCUCUGACGCCGGCUCAUGAAGACAAACACGAGAAGUCACCAACAAGCUAUCGGACAAGAACUGGGACAAUGGGGGGUUCAUAUCUCUCAGCUCAUGGCUGCCCAGGAGAGGAUCUAAUCACAUGGUCCUUUCAAACCCCCUGAGAGCUGAUUUUGCAGCACUCUAGACGCCCUCCAGUGUUUUCCCGGUGCUCAGACCUGCACGUAGCAUUCUGAAGUCAUUUUCCUAUCUGCUUCAAAGGAAGCGCAGUGAUAAAAGUCAUAAACAGUUCAGAUUAUUUCCCCACCGGCUGCCCAAAACAGACCCAGCCACGGCGCUCCCGCGAUUCUCCAAGCAGCCUUUGGGGAGCGUUGACUUGGUGGAAACGACGGACGUGAUGGGAAACAAGAACAUUGGUCCUCACAAAGAAAAGGACACCGAGACUCAAGAGGAAGCGAAGAGGGGGACCAUGGACUCCGUCACGGAGAGCAUCUCCACAGGAGGGGAGAUCAGAUCAGAUCUGCUGGCCUCCCUGCAGUCUGCUGCAGAAAACACAGACUACACGCUGCUGCCGCACUCCCUGCACCAGAUCGCAGAGGCUUACUCUGUAAACGAGGACUACCAGUGGGCCGUUAAGUUCCUGCAGCUGGAGAAGCUCUACCAUGAACGCCUCCUGUCCAACCUCACCGCCCUGCAGGAGAACUGGGAGAGCCGGUGGCGAGAGCAGAGGAAGGACGCAGAGAGCAGUUCACUCACCGAGAUGGACGGCAUCCGUCAGAGAAACAUCGACGCCCUGACCCACAUCUGCAAGAACCACUUCAGACCAUCUGCUGGCGUGGAACAGAUCACGUCACAUGCAGCACUCUGUGACCUUCAGAGUGAGACGGGACAACUGGAAAAGAACAAGACGGCACAAUUUUCUCAUGAUAAAAUCAACACGCCUAAAACAUCACACCUUGUUGAAAAAGGUGAAAGUGAGACUGCCGAGCUUCUGUCACCUCACACUGGCAACACGAAGGGAGGUGAGGAAGAGGAGGAAGCAGGAGACGAGGAGAUGCAUGAGGAAGGGCAGGAAGUAGAAGAGGAGGAGCAGUGCGAGGAGAUGCCAGAGGAUGAGGUGAAGGUUGAGUUUCCAGCAGGUGUCCCACAGGCCUCGGACAAGGACCUGGCCAAACUGUCCCACACAGAUGGGAGUUCCUCACCGAACGGGCUGGUGUCCAUUCUGAAGAGGAGGCGGGCCUCACUGGAUGGACUUCCUCCUCCCAGCAGCAACGCAAUGACGCCGAACUCCAAACGUAAAGUUCGCUUCAGUGAGCCAGAGGACGGGAUGGAAUCAGAUGAGGUGGGCGGAGAUUCCUGCCUGAUCCUGCUCCUGCUGUGUCUGGCUACCGUGGUGAUUAGCAUAGGUGGGACAGCCCUCUACUGCACCCUGGUGGACACUUACUCCAACAUCUGCACUGACUUCACUCACAACGUGGACUUCUAUGUCACGAGUGUGCGGAGGUUUGUGGAUGAGCUCAGACAUUGUCUCCACCUCUGAACUUAGAUCCGCCUUCAUGACGCUGCUUCAGACAUUUUGGACAACGUGGAGAAAUGUAGAGAGUCAGAUAUGGAUGACCAGGUUUGAGUCCAUUUGAUGGGACACACAACCUUCAGGUGUCUGUGAAGGAGCCGAUAUGAUCAAUAAUAGUCGUGUGGUUCGUUGAGUUUUAGUGAAUGGGCUCAUGGUCAGGAUCACUGUUUGUUUACUGUUCAAAACUCUGGUAGUUUAGAAAGUGUGUAUGUUUUAAAGAUCAUCAAAGAAU